AUGUUCCGGCCCUCCAAAAAAUACAAGACCCCUGUCAGCACUUACACCGACUCCUACCGCCCACCAUGCGCUUCCAAAAAGGUCAUCGAAGACACGGAUUUAAAGCAGCUCUGGAAAGAAAACAAGUUUGUGACACAGGGGUUAACCAUGCCCCCGGUGGAGAAUCCGGCAGGACAAGUCCGCCCUGAGGCAAUUAUGGCGGCGAUACAGUCAUGCUACAGGAACACCAUUGACCCCACUGGCUACAGGCCCUGGAAGUACUGGCUGGCCAGGUCUGAAGAGAAGUACAACCCGGUUUUUGUCAAUGAGGACAAAUAUGUCACCUGGAGAACAGGCCCCUACAACAGUGCAGCCUGGAAUAAGCACUCCUCUUACCUCCCUCUCCUGCCCAAGGAUACAAGGACGGAGAACCUCCCACACAGUGCACUCAUGCUGGACCCCCCAAAACUCACCUGCCUCAAUCGAUUCGAGAGGGAGGUGGCUGCUGAGAUGCUGAACAGGCUGCCCGUGUACACCGUGAAGGAAAAGGGCCCUUUACAGGGCUACUACAGCCCCUGCUCUGGGCGCCACUACUGCCUGCGAGGGAUGGACUACUAUGUUGAUGGGACCUCGGCCAUCAGAAGGCACCCCCAUGAACUAGGAGAGAGGACUGAGUAUUCCAUACUGCAGUCACAGCCACAGAGUGAUGUUGUCUGCACCUACCCGUCACCUCCAACCAUUGUCCCUGUACUCCUCCACCUCCCCUAG